CGAGUGUGGAGCACAGCAAGAUGGAUGGACAGCCACUGAUUUUUUUUUUUUUUUUUUGUAAUUACUUGCGGACCUCUGCUAGCAAAUGAACCUGGAUGUGCACUACAUUUGGACGUUUUCCUGUGGUUUGUGUUGAAAAGUGACUGCUGUGACUGGAUCCUGACCAGCCAAGUUGCGUUAAUUCGGGAUAACGCUAAAAAUCGACUUUUGUAAACUUCCUCGUAUGGCAUUUUUCUCGAGAUAAUCAGUGCUAACGUGACUACCUGCACCGUUGUUUCCUAACGUCGGUGUACAAUUGACAGGGCGUGUGCUAAAUGUAGCCCUCGAGCUGGUUUCCGUUUCCCCUCCACGUUGUUGUGUUGAUGUAUUGUCACGCUGACCCACCCCUCAUGUCAUGAGGUUCAGCGGCACACAUGACACGAUGGCAUCGAGAGAGGUUUUGCUCAAAUGGUGCAGCCAAACAUGCGCCACGUACCCACAAGUGGAAAUCACCAACUUGUCCACCUCAUUCCGAGAUGGACUUGCCUUCUGUGCCAUCAUCCACAAACACCGCCCAGAUCUCAUAGAUUUCAGAGAUCUCUCCAGAGCCAAUGUUUAUGAAAACAACCAACUGGCCUUUCAGGUUGCAGAGACAAAGCUCGGCAUCCCCGCGUUCCUGGUCCCUAACGAAAUGCUUGCCACCGAGGUGCCUGACUAUUUGAGUGUCAUCACCUACCUCUCCCAGUAUUACCACUACUUCAGUGGGUUAUCCAAUGCUGGUACUUCCAGUUUGAGGUCAUCACACAUCAAUUCAUCAAACAAGCUUUCGGCUUCUCUGCCUGCCAGUGAAAAUAAUCAUUGCUCUGAUAGAAGUCUACACAAUGUCUGUCACUUUUGUAUCAAAACUGUUCAUCUUAUUCAGAGACAUGUAAUCCACGGAGAGAUCUGGCAUCGCAGUUGUUUCAGAUGCAAUGUGUGCCACUGCACCCUUGCAGCAGGCUUUUACACUCCAGGAAAGGAUGCUGGCUGUUUCAUUUGCUCUGACCACAUAACAGAUGGUGCAAAGAAUCAAGCUGAUGAUGAGAAGUUUCAGUUUUGCGAAGAUUGCAUGUCUCUUGAUGGAUUGAAUCUCCUCAGUGUCCCUCAAUACUCUGAGAAAACAAAGUCACGUGAUAGACUGGUUUAUGCACCACUGGAGAUAGAGCAAACAGCACAGAAUGAGUCAUCUCACACACAGAGAAACAUGUCAAAGCCACCAUCUCCUCAACCUGUCCCAGUAAGCGCUGAAGAGACAAGUGAUGGCAAAGAUGAAUUGCCAUCGGUUGUGGCAGGAAACUGCGAGCAGAAGGAAGAGGCAAAUAUUGAAGAGUCCUCGGAGUCCUCAUCACCUUAUGUACCAGUACCUGGAGGAAGUAAGCAGCUGGAACCCGAACAGAUGUCAGUUUCCGUCUCUGCACCCAGGAAUCAACCUGCCCACACAGUGAGCAGCACCUCAGGCAGUUCCACCGUUCAAAGUCAGUCUUCCACUUUUUCAUCCUCCACUUCUUCAUCUCGCAUCAGGAGCGUUAAAAGUACUGUGAAAAGCAACCAUCCAUGGCUAGGAAUCAUCCAUCCCGGACCUUGGACACAACUGCCUCCUGUUCAAUCCCCUGGACCCCCCAUCCAUUCUAAACGUGGUCCAAAUGGCCAGGUUUAUUGGUACAGACCAAGGGUCCCUCCUCCCAAUCCUUUUAGUGGGGACCUGGACGAGGAGGAUGUGGUCAAAACAGAGCCACAUCUCAAAGACACUCACAUUGGCGUUACCAGUCAACAUGGUUGUUCAGAUUUGGAGAGAAACAUAUCCCUGCCAACGACCUCCAAUGUCCCACAAAUAGUAAACAGUAGUCCCAUUUUGCCAAGAAGUCUUUCUGUACCGGCUGUUAAAUCUGCAAACCUACCUUUUGACAUGACAGAGGAUAAUAAAUCGCCCUCCGCAUCACAAAUAAAGGUUUGCAAAGAGAAGGACCAUUUUGAUGCAAAAACGGAAAUGCCCAAAUCAAACACAUGCCAGGCCCUCAGAUCUGGACGGGCUCCUGCUCCUGGACAUGGCUUCCCACUCAUUAAAAGGAAGGUGCAGGCAGACCAGUAUGCUUCUGCAGCUGAUCUGCAGGUGGAGACAAGACAAGUGAAAAAACAGCUUGAGACACUGGAAGAAAGAGGCGUAGACUUGGAGAUAAAUCUAAGACAGUGCAAGAAUGGUUCAUUGUGCAUUCUGUUUUCAGUCAAAUGUGUAUUGUACACACUAUGUAAAACACUGAGAGGACAAUACUUAUAUUUCUUUUUAAUUUUAGACAAAGAGGAAGAACGUCUGGUGACCGAAUGGCUUGCUCUUACCCAUGAGAGACAAUUCCUGAUGCGACGAGAUACCGAGCUAGUUUAUCUGACUAAGCAGCAAAGAUUGGAGGAGAAACAGGCAGAUGUGGAGUAUGAGCUUCGACGUCUCCUCAAUAAACCAGAGAGCGUCUGGAGUCAAGAAGAUCGAGGUCGAGAGCAAAGUCUGAUGGCCGAGCUGCUUGUCAUCAUCGAGCAGAGGAACCAGAUAGUCAGCAUUUUAGAUCAAGACAGGAAGAGGGAGCGAGAAGAGGAUGCAAUUUCGGGAGAGAUGAUCAAGAACCAAGAGAUCCAGAAAGAAGGACUGAAAGAGCUCAAGAAGUCAAAAGGAAAGUUCAAGCCUUCAAAGGUCUUUAAGAAGCUGAACCAGAAAGACUCCGUGGACAAGAGCUGAAGAUCUGUCGAGACUCCACAAGAAUCAACGCAAAGAAAAAUUCCAAGACCACAAAUAAAGUUUAUCUUGUAGAGUGGGUACGGAAAGUAUUCAGACCCCCUUAAAUUGUUCACUCUUUGUUUAUAUUGCAGCCAUUUGCUAAAAUCAACAUUUCAAGUUAAAUUUUUUCCUCAUUAAUGUUCACACAGCAUCUCAUAUUAACAGAACAAAAACGGAAUUGUUGAAAUUUUUGCAAAAUUAUUAAAAAAGAAAAACUGAAAUAUCACACAGCCAUAAGUAUUCAGACCCUUUGCUCUGUAUUUAGUAGAAGCACCCUUUUGAGCUAAUACAGGCAUGAGUCUUUUUGGGAAAGUUUUUCACACCUGGAUUUGGGGAUCCUUUGCCAUUCCUCCUUGCAGAUCCUCUCCAGUUCUGUCAGGUUGAGUUGUUCUGAAGCCAUCAUUAUUUUAGCUGUGUGCUUAGGGUCAUUGUCUUGUUGGAAGGUGAACCUUUGGCCAGUCUGAGGUCCUGAGCACUCUGGAGAAGGUUUUUGUCGAGGAUAUCCCUGCCCUUGGCCGCUCUUUCCUUCGAUUGCAACCAGUCGUCCUGUCCCUGCAGGUGAAAAACACCCCCACAGCAUAAUGCUGCCACCACCAUGCUUCACUGUUGGGACUAUAUUGGACAGGUGAUGACCAGUGCCUGGUUUUCUCCACACAUACCGCUUAGAAUUAAGGCCAAAACAUUCUAUCUUGGUCUCAUCAGACCAGAGAAUCUUAUUUCUCAUCAUCUUGGAGUCCUUCAGGUGUUUCCUUUUCAGCAAAGUCCAUGCAGGCUUUCAUGUGUUUUGCACUGAGGAGAGGCUUCCAUCGGGCCACUCUGCCAUAAAGCCCCGACUGGUGGAGGGCUGCCGCAAUGCUUGACUUUCUAGAACUUUCUCCCAUCUCCCGACUCCAUCUCUGGACCGCAGCCACAGUGAUCUUUGGGGACUUCAUUUCCUCCCUCACCAAGGCUCUUUUCCCACGAUAGUUCAGUUUGGCCGGACGGCCAGCUCUAGGAAGGGUUCUGGUCGUCCCAAACGUCUUCCAUUUAAGGAUUAUGGAGGCCACUGUGCUCUUAGGAACCUUAAGUGCAGCAGAAAUUAUUUUUGUAACCUUGUCCAGAUCUGUUCCUUGCCACAAUUCUGUCUCUGAGCUCUUCAGGCAGUUCCUUUGACCUCAUGAUUCUCAUUUGCUCUGACAUGCACUGUGAGCUGUAAGGUCUUAUGUACACGUUAUGUCUUUCCUAAUCAAAUCCAACCAGUAUAAUCAAACACAGCUGGACUCCAAUGAAGGUGUAGAACCAUCUCAAGGAUGAUCAGAAGAAAUGGACAGCACCCAAGUGCUGAAUAAGUGUCACAGCAAAAGGUCUGAAUACUUAUGGCUGUGUGAUAUUUCAGUUUUUCUUGAAUAAAUCUGCAAAAAUUUUAAAAAUUACGUUUUUUUUUCUGUCAAUAUGGGGUGCUGUGUGUACAUUAAUGAGGAAAUAAAUGAACUUAAAUGAUUUUAGGAAAUGGCUGCAAUAUAACAAGUGAGUGAAAAAUUGAAGGGGCUCUGAAUACUUUCCGUACCCACUGUAUGUACUGUAUAUUUUUGAAAUGCUAUCAGUAUGCAAGUUUCAUUACAGAUAUAGGUGCAUCUCAUUAAAUUACAUUAUCGUGAAAAUUUUAAUUUCAGUAGUUUAAUUCAAAAUACGGAAACUCAUUACAGACAGAGUGAUACCAUUAUUUUAUUCAUUAAAACCUGUAAAAUAGUGUAAAGCUAACACAAAUGUCACCUCUUCUUUUCCUUUGGGCUUAUCUCUUUAGGGGUCGCCACAGGGCGUCAUCCUUUUCCUUGUAAGCCUGCAUCCUCAUCUCGAACACCAACUGCCCUCAUGUCUUCCCUCACAACAUCCAUCAACCUUCUCUUUGGUCUUCCUCUCGCUCUCUUGCCUGGCAGCUCCAUCCUCAUCAUCCUUCGACCAAUAUACUCACUAUUUCUCCUCUGGAUGUGUCCAAACCAUUGAAGUCUGCUCUCUCUAACUUUGUCUCCAAAACAUCGAACCUCGGCUGUCCCUCUGAUGAGCUCAUUUCUAAUUUUAUACAACCUGGGCACUCCGAGAGUGAACCUCAACAUCUUCAUUUCCGCCACCUCCAGCUCUACUUCCUGUUGUCCCUUCAGUGACACUGUCUCUAAUCCGUACAUCAUGGCUGGCCUCACCACUGUUUUAUAAACUUUGCCCUUCAUCCUAGCAGAGACUCUUCUGUCGCAUAACACACCUGACACCUUCCUCCACCCGUUCUAACCUGCUUGGACCCGUUUCUUCACUUCCUGACCACACCCACCAUUGCUCUGGACGGUUGACCCCAAGUAUUUAAAGUCCUCCACCCUUGCUAUCUCUUCUCCCUGUAGCCUCCCUCUUCCCCCACCACCCCUCUCAUUCAUGCACAUAUAUUCUGUCUUACUUCGGCUAAUCUUCAUUCCUCUGCUUUCCAGUGCAUGCCUCCAUCUUUCAAACUGUUCCUCCACCUGCUCACUGCUUUCACUGCAGAUCACAAUGUCAUCUGUAAACAUCAUGGUCCACGGGGAUUCCAGUCUAACCUCAUCUGUCAGCCCAUCCAUCACCAUUGCAAACAGGAAGGGGGUCAGGGCUGAUCCCUGAUGCAGUCCCACCUCCACCUUAAAUUUGUCUGUCACACCAACAGCACAACUCACCACUGUUCUGCUGCCCUCGUACAUGUCCUGUAUGAAUCUAACAUACUUCUCUGCCACUCCAUACUUCCGCAUUCAGUACCACAGUUCCUCUCUGGGUACUCUGUCAUAGGCUUUCUCUAGAUCUACAAAGACACAAUGUAGCUCAUUCUGAGCUUCUCUGUACUUUUCCAUCAUCAUCCUCAAGGCAAAUAAUGCAUCUGUGGUACUCUUUCAAGGCAUGAAACCAUACUGCUGCUCGCAAAUACUCACUUCUGUCCUGAGUCUAGACUCCACUACUCUUUCCCAUAACUUCAUUGUGUGGCUCAUCAACUUUAUUCCUCUAUAGUUCCCACAGCUCUGCACAUCACCCUUGUUCUUAAAAAUGGGCACCAGCACACUUUUCCUCCAUUCCUCAGGCAUCUUCUCAUGCGCUAUAAUUCUAUUGAACAAAUUGUCAAAAACUCCACAGCCACCUCUCCAAGAUGCUUCCAUACCUCCACAGGAAUGUCAUCAGGACCGACUGCCUUUCCAUUUUUCAUCCUCUUUAAUGCCUUUCUAACUUCCCCCUUACUCAUCAUUGCCAUUUCCUGGUCCACCACACUUGCCUCUUUUACUCUCCCUUCUCUCUCAUUUUCCUCAUUCAUCAACUCCUCGAAGUAUUCUUUCCAUCUAGCUAGCACACUGCUGGCACCAGUCAACAUAUUCCCAUCUCUAUCCUUAAUCAACCUAACCUGCUGCACAUCCUUCCCAUCUCUAUCCCUCUGUUUGGCCAGCCUGUAUAGAUCCUUUUCUCCUUCUUUAGUGUCCAACCUGCCAUAUAUGUCAUCAUAUGCCUCUUGUUUGGCCUUUGCCACCUCUACCUUUGCCCUGUGUCGCAUCUCAAUGUAUUCCUUUCGCCUCUCCUCUGUCCUCUCAGUGUCCCACUUCUUCGUAGCUAACCUUUUUCCUUGUAUGAUUUCCUGUACUAUGAGGUUCCACCGCCAAGUCUCCUUCUCUCCUUUCCUGCCAGAAGAUACACCAAGUACUCUCCUGCCUGCCUCUCUGAUCACCUUGGCUGCAGUGGUCCAGUCUUAUGGAAGCUCCUCCUGUCCACCAAGAGCCUGUCUCACCUCUUCCCGAACAGCUGCACAACACUCGUCCUGUCUCAGCUUCCCCCACAUAGUUUUCUGCUCUGCCUUUGUCUUCCUAAUCUUCCUCCCCAGUCAUCUUACACACUACCAUCCUAUGCUGUCUAGCUACACUCUCCCCUACCACUACCUUACGGUCGGUAACCUCCUUCAGAUUACAUUGUCUGCACAAAAUGUAAUCCACCUUCGUGCUUCUACCUCCGCUCUUGUAGGUCACCCUAUGUUCCUGCCUCUUCUGGAAAAAAGUGUUCACUACAGCCAUUUGCAUCCUUUUUGCAAAGUCUACCACCAUCUGUCCCUCCAAGUUCCUUUCCUGGAUGCCGUAGGUCACAUCCUACUUGUGGGGCAUAGCCACUAAUCACAAUAUACAUAACACCCUCAAUUUCAAGUUUCAUCCUCAUCACUCAAUCUGAUACUCUUUUCACCUCCAAGACAUUUUUAGCCAACUCUUCUUUUAAAAUAACCCCUACUCCAUUUCUCUUCCCAUUUUCACUAUGGUAAAAUAAUUUAAACCCUGCCCCUAAACUUCUAGCCUUACUGCCUUUCCACCUGGUCCCCUGGACACACAAUAUAUCAACCUUUCUCCUAAUCAUCAUGUCAACAAACUCCUGAGAUUUUCCUGUCAUCGUCCCAACAUUCAAAGUCCCCACAUUCAGUUCUAAGCUCUGUGCUUUCCUCUUCCCGUUCUGCAGAAGAACCCGGUUUCCACCUCUUCUUCUUCGACUUCAACCCACAGUUGCUUAAUUUCCAACGGCGCUCUGCAGGUUGACGGCGCCGGUGGCGGACGUUGUUAACCUGGGCCACGACCGGUCUGGUAUGGAAUUCUUUGGAUGAACGCUCAUAUUUGUUUGGCAAAAUUUUAAGCCGGACGCCCUUCCUGACGCAACCCUCUGCAUUUAUCCGGGCUUGGGACCGGCCUACAGUUUGCACUGGCUUGUGCCCCCCAUAGGGCUGCAUUGCUAACACAAAUGUCACCAUCUCAGGGAAUUUGAGUAUUGCAUUACAGUCUAAAUAAUUUUUAAUAUACGCAUUAGAUAAGAGCUGACGUUCUGAAAAGUAUGUUCCGAUGUGUUUAAUUAAUCUGUAUAAUAUGAGUUUCACUUUUUUGUCAGUAGAAUAGGCUUAAUGUACUUUUCUACGAUGUUCAUUUCUUUAGAGGCACUUGUAUGUGAGAAAAAAUAAUAUGUACAUAAAAGUUCUCUGAAGUUCCAUUUAUUAGAAUAAAAAUUUCUAAUUUGAGACAACC